ACAGGCUCACGUGGACAACGUCUCAGGGGAUUGAUUGUUGCAGCAAAGUCAGAUAUCUGCUCAGGCAUUUUAUCGCCGACACACCCUUCCCUGGAUGUCCAGCACCAUGAUAUAUAAACCGACUACCAACCUCCAUCGGUUCAUACUCGGCUCCAGCUGAUCUCUCCUUAAGACGUCUUGAAUUACUUUCAUUUUCGUACACAAUGUCUUACUCUCCGAUAUCAAAUCUGAUGCUCUUGGCGGCCACACUUGCCAUCAUAUCUGCGCCCUUACAAAUAUGCUCGGCCCAUCCUGUGGUGCAAGAUGUGACGUCACAGGACCAGGCAAGGAGCUCAAGCAUUUCAGGUCUUUCGUGUACGAGUUCUCCACUGGGGAUGGCCAGUGGGGCCAUCCCUGAUUCCAGCCUGACGGCGUCAGGCUCACACAGCUCAUCUUAUCUCCCAAGCAAGGCCCGACUGAAUAGUACUGGUUGGUGGAUAUGCCCGAGUGGAAAGCCCGAGGGUCAAUGGAUCCAGGUAGACCUCGGUCAGUACACGGCCAUCACGGGGGUCAUCGUGCAUGGAGCCAGUUCGCGUCAUAUCCGAACCUUUGCUGUAAACUACAGUAAUACGGGCGAGUCCAAUGAUUGGCAGAAACUAACUGACAGAGGGCAGACCGUACAGUUGAAUGGGAACAAUGGUACUGGGCAACCUGUGAAUGUGACGUUCCCCGUGGUACUGAUGGCAAGAUUCUUCCGCAUACUUCCACUCACAUGGAGUCACUCUACUUAUUAUUACCUGAGGUUCGAAGUGCUCGGAUGUCGAGUCACUAGCGGCAUGAUCCGAUUAGUGGGCGGUGAUGACAAAUGGAGCGGCCAAGUGGAAAUCUUCCGCAAUGAUGCUUGGGGUGCAGUCUGUGAUAACAGUUGGGAUAUGAAGGACGCCACCACCGUUUGUCAUCAGCUCGGCUUCAUCGAGGCUCUGGAGGCUAAAACGGGGUUGUCCAGCCGAGAGAGUGACCGGCCGAUCGUGAUGAAUCGAGUCGCCUGUACUGGAACUGAACGACGGCUGGCUGACUGUCCGUUUGUCUGUACCGGCUCUCAGCAAUGCAACAGCUCAACUGUAGCAGGAGUCGUUUGUAAACCAAGAUCUGAUGAGCUUCGGUUGGUCGGCGGAUCUCGCACCAGCGGCCGAGUGGAGAUAUACCGUGGUGGCAGCUGGGGCACCAUCUGUGAUUCCAAUUGGAACGAGACUGAUGCGGGGAUUGUCUGCCGCCAGCUCGGUUUCUCAGACGCACUGGAGGCCAAGUCCGCUGCCCACUUCGGGCAGGGUAGCGGACCCGUCCAUAUGGACGGCGUAGCGUGCGAAGGAUCCGAAGAGAAAAUUACCGACUGUCCUUCCCACUGCUGGGAAGAGACAAGUUGUAGCCACUCACACGAUGCUGGAGUGAUCUGUAGUGAUGGAAACACCGUAACAACCAACAAGUGACGAAAGCUAAACCGCUCAAGCAACCGGGAAGGAUAGGACACCAUACAUCAUCAUACACACUCAUCUCCUUUUAAAGGGACAAUCGUCAAAUUGCUGGUCGAAUUGUUCUAUAGUCACGUGACUAGCAUCGACCUAUAACCCGUGCAUGCUGUAAAGCCAUUAUAUGGAGAGUGGUACCUAGCUUCUCUUGGCGUUGUAGUGUUUAUAGGUACUGUAUAAUCUUUGACACCAGUCUAUGUUAAUAGUGCAUUUUGGUUAGAUGUAGUUUGGAGUUAGAGGCAGAAGCUUUCUUGUUGUCAAUUUAUGAUUUCGAGCCGCAUAUGCAAUAAGCAUGCAACAAUCAUAGUGGCUUUAUUUGUUAAAAAAAUAUACAAAAUAAUAAUAUAAAAACACCAAAAGACCGCCCACCGCC